GAACUGCGGAAGAACUUGCUGCACGGGAUAGUGUCUAUUCGGCCGUCGCCACCGCUGAUAACUGACGGGACCCAUUCGCAGUUCGCGAAGAGAGGGCAGGGAAUUGCGCACGACUGCACGACUAUGGGUUGCUUGUUAUCCUGUUUUGACUGUGUGAGGGAGUGCUGGCGAAGUCUCUGGUCCACUGACUUUACGGAUGAUGCUAACGCUUGGUUGGAGUUUCUGGGCGAGGAACCGUUUGGGUCUCUAGACACGGUGGAAAUUGAAUUGUCAGACAUCACCGGGACGGGAGUUCGGUCCCCGGACACGGUGCCAACCGUGGCGGCGGAGGUACCAGAGGCGGCAGCGGCGGGGGCGGCGGCGGCGGCGGCUGUGGAGCCGGCGGAGAAUGUCAAACCUCUCCCCGACGACUACUUUCUGCGGCUCCCAGAAGCCUUGGCACGCAAAAUCCUGAGCAUGCUGGACGACGCUACUCUGCUGCGCGCCAGCAUGGCUUCAGAGGAGUGGGGCGACCUGUGCCGCUGGCAGCCGGAGCUGCGCGUGCGCGUCGAGCGACAGGUUCUGCGAGAGGUGCCCAGCGAGACCGAGCACGGCGUCAACAUCCUCUGGAGGCAAACACUUGCUGUUCCUGUGGGAAGCCCGCUGGCCAUUCAACUUCGCAAGCGGUCGACACGUUAG